AUGAAUUGUGAAUGUAAAAAAAAAAAAGAAAAUGGUCCCCACAAUCCUCGUGAUAGAUAGUGGAGAGAGUGUUAUGUUGUGUCUCCUUGUAAAUAAAAGCGGCCUGGCAAGCCGUUUGUUGCCCUCUACCUGCACUGUGUCAGAUUCAGAUGUUAGGACCAGAUGUGCCCAUUUCAGUACAGAAGACGUUAAGCUAUUAAAUCGUUAUGCAGAAGCUUGAGUGAAAACACACGCGGAUCAGCCUCUGAACAUAAGGCACUUAAAAGUCAUUUGAGUGAGAUUAGAGGCUCCUGAUUAAAAAAGGGGAUGGACAUAUAUUUAGUUUUGUACAAUUUAAAUCUAUAAAUUAUGUAAAAUCUCUGAUCAGUCUGCAGUCCUUAUUUCAGUUUUUGUCAAAAUAUAGCCGUAUUCCAUAAUCACAAAUUAAGUGAGCAGAGAAAACUGAGAGAAGAAACUGGGUGGGAGAGAAGUUAGUUAAACAAAGGAGCAAUGACAACAAACAUAUUUGAUUUCCCCUUUUCAAGCUCAGUUAGUUUGCUGAUUCUCAAGCAUGUGCUGUGUUGCUAUACUGAAUUUACAGUAAUUAAUAAUAACAAUAAUACCCAUUAUCUGGCAAAACACUUAGGAACCCUCAGGGGUUGUCAUACAGUUCACAAAUCACAUAAACAUACAAUGACAGGCUCUUCGAAUUUGUAACAUUUUAUUUCCAUAAAAAAAGAUAACAUAUUAGAAAUAAAGCAAGCUAGUUUAGAGUAUUUUUAUCAGUUUUUUUACAUUACAUCUACUGUAGCCUACCACUGACAUCAUUUUUCUAUGAUAAUGAUAGAUUUGGAGAUGGAGCCCAUUGGACAACGCCUAGGUGAUAGCUGUUAAAAAUUAACAAAGCUGGGAGUCACAAACACCGACUUGAUUAUUCUGAGGGCGUGGCAACUCAAAACAGUUGAGAACCACUGUUUUAGAGUCAUGUGGUAAGUCAGUUUAAUGUGUCAUUUGUACUUACUUCUACUGCUCACAUGGCCCCAAAGAUAACAUGCACAUGUCACUUCUUGUACUAGUAAAAAAUGACUAUGCAUAUGGACUCGGUUUGUCGUUAAAUCUUAUGUGAGACUCCACAUGGGCAGAGUGACCUUUGUGCUGCCAACAACUUGCAACAGAGACCUCCCCAAAAAAGGUAAGGUAUAAAGAUGAACAGUUGUGUCAUCAAAGACUAUAAAUCAAUGGUUCACAUUAAGAAACCGGGUGAGUCAUUCGAGAUCUUUUACCGUCACCAACGCAACUGAGCAGAAUAUUUCAUAUAUAACAUAAAACAAACCCAAAAGAUUGUGUUCCUCGCAUGUGCAAACUCCGAGGAGGAUGACACACAGCCAGUACUGAUCCAGUGUAAUAUCAAUAACUGACACGCCGCUUGCAUCCCCUACUUCCUUUAUGGAGAAAGCCGAGCAGUGGGUUGUCCACAUUUAUGUGCAAGUCAAUGGGCUGCCCUCCACUCAGGGCUCUGCAUGACACCAGCGGGGAGAAAAGCACAGCCACCUUUUCCCUCCCCUCCACGCAGGGUGCCAUUUGUUCGGCCCAUUGAGGACGAGACGACCCACCACCUCGACUGCUUCUGCCACCGAGCAGUCAGCAUUACCAAUCCUCUUAAGACCCCAUCCCCCCACCUCACCCCUCCCUGCAUGCAUGCAGCCACAAUCCCUGGACUGCUCUAUUUUGUUAUUAUCUAAGCACCACAUGGAACCACUAUGAUGUCUUUGCACCAGAGUGCUCCCUACAGAACAUUACAGGCUUGAAGAGAAGGUAAGUUUUUGCUCUAGAAAAAAAGACAGGGCAGCCAUUGUAACACCGAUGUCACUUCGACCUAUUUGGGUCAAAUUGAACUGUGCUAUGCUGCGCUGCGCUGCUGGGGCAAACUGACCCACUUUGAAUUUGUACCACACAAAAAAUGACUCAGUGACCCAGACACACGUGUGUUCUUUUUUUCUUCUCCCUUUUGACAGAUUUGGACCAUGUUAUAUUCAAUGCACGCAACAUGUAUGUGAGUUGCAGUCCGUUACAAAAGUUUUUUUUUUCACUUUGUACUUUGGGGAAACAGAUAUACUCUCACCAUUGUCAUGAUGAGAUGAGCUGAGGGAUGCUCAGGGUGCCUCAGGGUUAAUGCGAGAGAACAAGGCAAAUGGGGACAGUGACAGAUGUUUUUUUUCCAAAUGACAUGUACUAAAGAUAAGAUAUCAAUUAAAAACAAUGGGAUGUCUACAGCCUCACACCCAAAGCUUGUGUCAGUUUAUUCCAGGAUAGUCAUUAUUUAACAAUCAAGGUAUGGUGUGGCUGAGCUUGAACCUUAAUAAAAGAAUAUAUAUAUAUAUAUAUACUGUAUAUAAGACGUAUAAUCAGGCCUAGGGUAAAUCCCUGCCAUUCACUAUGUUCUGUGGACCCCAGGAAGAUAAGCGUUUAUGUUUAUCACAUCCUACAAAAUAUAACUUGACAUCAAAUUGCAGAGAAUAGAGUAUAGAGAUGUUACUUUUCCGUGGAUUUUAUUUCCACAUAGUCCUAAAAAGUCCCAAAAUGUCCCAGUUUCAUUUGAUAUCUUACAUUCUAUUCUAUGGAAUUGCAGUGCAGAAAGAAGGCCUACCAGUGAACUGUUUGAUUUGACACCAUCACCACAAUUUUAAAACCCUGAGUCUCUCACACACAACCAUUUAACGGGUGACGUCAGUAAAUCCUUGAGGGCUCAGGGUUUAAAGCCUUAGGGGGGAGGGGGGCAUUGGGAUUGAGCCUGCGUCCUCACCAGUUCUAAUUCCCCAUGGUUGGCUUCUGGCUGCAUCGGGCCAGUUGAUUGGAUGUUGGCGACAGGGGGAUGCUUUCAAGUGUUAAUCGGAAACGUUGUACUUUUGACCCAAAAAAAACGAACUUUCUGUUUGAAAGUGAGAUUCUACCAAAACUGAGAAAACCAUUUUCAACAACGAAUCAAGUGGGCACGACGGCAUUUGCAACUGAGUGGCAUAGACAAGAUUGAACCGUGGUAAUAUGUGACAUCAAUGUAGUCUUAUAGCAAACAAUGUUAACCAUAAACAUCUGUUUUACCACAAGUACCCCCUACACUUUUUCCAACACAACUGUACGGCUUUUUGUUGGUCGUCCCUGCGCACGCAACUUGAAAUGAGUGUUUCCGGGAGCACUCGAACGCAACAGGGGGUGCUCGCUGAACUCGUGCUGAGCCAAACAGCCUCACAGACUACAACAAUGACGAGUGCGAGCAUGUCCGGCUAGUUUGAAUCGAAGGUGUACUUCAGUGAAACUGCCGGUUAUAUCUCCCGCAUGUUCACAUUGGGGGUUGCCAAAGCACUGUGAUAAAUGGAGCUAGAGGACCAAUGGUGGAAAGGACAACUCGCUGCAGACAUUUACCAGGCGCUACGAUACAAAGAGCUCAAGUUGCCAUCCUACAAAGGCCAGUCCCCUCAGCUCAACUUGAGGCGAUACUUUGCAGACCUCAUAGCCAUCGUCAGCAACCGCUUCCGUCUGUGUCCCGCAGCCAGACACCUGGGGGUCUACUUGCUGGACCUCUUCAUGGACCGCUACGACGUCACAGUGCAGCAGCUUCACAUGGUCUCCCUCUCGUGUCUUCUUUUGGCCAGUAAAUUUGAGGAAAGGGAGGACCGGGUGCCCAAGCUGGAGACCCUGAACAGCCUGGGCUGCAUGAGCUCCAUGAACCUGGUCCUGACUAAGCAGGGUUUACUUCACAUGGAGCUGCUUCUAUUGGAAACCUUCCAGUGGAACCUGUACCUCCCUACGGCCGCUCAUUUCAUAGAGUACUACCUGUCUAUUGCCGUCCACGAGGGAGACCUCCAUGACGGCUGGCCAAUGACCUGUCUGUCGAAGACCAAACUGUACAUGGCCAAGUAUGCCGAUUACUUCCUGGAGGUUUCCUUGCAAGAUCACGGGUUCUUGUGUUUUUCCCCCUCACUGGUGUCCGCUGCGUGCGUGGUCACCUCCCGCCUCGUUCUCCACCUGUCCCCAACAUGGCCGCCACGACUGCAGCACCUCACCGGCUACACGUGGGAGAACCUGGUCCCGUGUGCCGAGAAGCUACUCAUUGCACAUGACGGUGAUGUCAAAGAGGCCAACAAGCAGAAGUGCCAGCAGCCCGGCCAGCAGCAGCAGCAGCAGCAGCAGCAGCAGCAGGGCCAGGCAGUGUACCACGGUUCAGGCCAGACGGGCACCAUGGCCCAGUACCUGCACCGGCCCAGCAUGCAGUAUCCCCAGCAGGCUCCGCCGCAGCCGGGCCUGGCCCAUAACCACAGGCCCACCUCCUACCUCAGCCACUCCGCCACCGGCCUGCAGUCUCCCAAUGUCAACGCGCAGGCCAUCGGUGCCUCGCAGGAUCCAAAGUCCAGCAUUCCCAACAGGGCUUACCAAGUCAGCAUGCACUACACCUGCGCUGCCCCGUGCUUCGACAGAUGAUGGACUUUCUCAGGAUGUAGUCCUUUUUUUUUUUUUUUUUCGGGAGGAAGACUUAAGAGAUGGUGAUCUGUUUCUCUUGAACAUAAUGCAAUGCACCAAAGAAGAAAAAAGUGUUUUUAAUUUGGAGAGACUUGAUCAGAUUGGUACUGCACUUUGACCCACAAGGUGUACGCAACGUGCAAUAUGCAUGCUCUGCAGUCAUUGUCUGGGUAAAGCCUGCGUUAGGAUUUCUGUUUGUUUGAGAUAUCGGGUAUAAAUGUUGUCGCGAGGUGGGCUAGAGGCAGAGUUUGCACCACUGUACCCACUAAUGUUGCUGUAUAAUUUAGCUACAGACCAAAAGUCUUUUAUUUAUUUGAGCCAAAUUACCUCAAAAGUAUUGAAUGUACGAAAUACCUCAUGCCUUUAGCCUUUAAGUUUAAGGCCAGUUACAAAAAAGGGACUUGGUUUGUGGUUGAGAUUGGAGAGCACAGUUUUUGGAGGUGUUCUGUUCCUCAAACUUUUCCUUUUUCCUUUUCUUUUUUUUUUUUUUUUGUGUGAUGAGUGUCGUUCUUUAAACUGAGGGAAAUAAAGUCUCCUAGAUGUCACAAUUUGUUUGCGGAGAAAACGGUUGCGCUUCUCUGCACCGAGGAUUUCAGUCAGUGCUGUGCACUUCUAUGAUAGUUUUAAAUAAAAUACAAAUCUGUGUUGGUUGGACUGCGA